AUGAUAAUCAACAACGGUGGCUAUACGAUUGAACGUGCAAUUCAUGGAGCGGAGCAAAGUAAGACUCCGUUGGGUGCCCACAACACGAUCUGCAGCUUACAACGAUAUUGCGGUAUGGUACCACAAUACAUGCUUGACUUUGGGUCAGAAAAUGGUCAAGUUCAGAGCAAGCAAGUCAGAUCCAAGGCCGAAUUUAGACAAGUGUAUACUUCAGUGGACUACUUGAAUCCAACUUCAAUUCAGGUGUUGGAAGUUUUGGUGGAGAGGAUGGACGUUCCAUGGGGACUGAAAGCUCAAAUUGAGAUCGUGGAAGCGAAUAAAACUAGGCCCAAUGAUGACCAUGAUCGAACGACUCUUACGGUUUCGUAA